GCCAUGAAUGCGUCCGCAUCGCCGCUCCGUACCCUGCACGAACACUAUGUCCUACUGGCUGAUCCCCGUACGCGGACGUGGUUCUUUAUGGGCAGUCCGCUACCCGUGGUGGCGUUCAUCUGCUUCUAUCUGGUUUUUGCCACGCGAGUUGGGCCCUGGAUCAUGAGGGAUCGCAAGGCUUUUGAAGUGCGCAGCUUGGUGGUCUUUUACAAUGUCGUCAUGAUAGGACUCAGCGCGUACUUCAUCUACUUCGCUCUCUCGUACGCCUCCAUGCGAAAGCCCGGGCAAAGCGUCUUCUGCUGGGCCACGGACCCUCGUCCGACGGAGGACAACAUGUUCUUCUUGACUCGUGCCUGGUACUACAUGCUCAUGAAGGCCGGCGAGAUGGUGGACACGCUGUUUUUUGUGCUGCGCAAGAAGGUAAAGCACCUGAGCUUCCUACACCUGCUGCACCAUUCCCUCGCGCUGUGGUCAGUGUGGCUGGUGCUGACUCUGGGCAUGACGGGUCACGUCUUCUCGUUCCCACUCCUCAACUCUGCUGUGCACGUUGUGAUGUACGGUUACUACGCUCUCGCAGCGCUUGGACCAGCACUGCGACCGAACCUGUGGUGGAAGAAGUAUGUCACCCUGUUCCAGAUUUUACAGUUCUUGCUUCUCUCGUUGCACGCCCUGAUACCCGCGCUCCUCGACUGUGGCAUAUCCAGGAUACUUGCCCUCGUCGGUUCAUUAGAAGGACUACUUUUCGCGUCUCUCUUUUCGGACUUUUAUAUUAAGACAUACGUUCGCAAGAGUGCGCUGAAAUGAUAGUUAUUCCUUAUAGUACUACAAAGACACGAACAUUUCCAACAAUGUUUUUUAACUGACAAUUUAGAAUAACGCUGAUACUAUAUUGCCAGAAGUUUAGGGGCUCAAAAUAUUGCGCUUAAAUUCAGGGCCUGUAUUCACGAAAAGGCUUUACAUCAGAAUUAUUCGUAAUAGUGAAUUCCAGCCAAUGCUUAUGCGGGGUAUGUCAUUGUCGAAGGCGACCAAGCAAUGGCACAGAGAUCUUACGUAUGGCCAUUAUAAAACAGAAUUUUCCGGGAGUGAACUUCCGUUUUAUAAUGACUGUGAAGAACACACGGAACAUUCGCGUGCCAACCGCUAUUUAAUUUGCUCUAUUCAGUGCAUUACUGUAGUUCCAUGCAUUGUUAGCGAUUGAGCAUUUGAACGUUUCUAAGAUUUAUAUGCUGCAAAGCAAUACCCUCCGUUGUCACACCAACGAGCUAAAACAGCAGCGCGAAUUUUGCUCUUAACAUACAACUUCAAUAAAUGAGUACCUAAUUUCACGGAUAUUGUGUCCUGGAGGCGACAGUUCACGAACACGAACAAAUUCGGCAGGCACUACCCCACUUGACCUAGACGUGAUACUAAGCAUUUUUGUUUUGUUAAAAGAAGAGUUCUUAUGGAAUCGCGUUCAUUUUCUUGCGCGAAACUGCGACCGCAGCUGUAACAUUUGUGUGGACUGGUGGCUUAUGCAGCGAGAAUAACACAGUGGUUGUUGAUGAUGAAAUGUUCUAUUACAUGUUGAUUGUGUCAGAAAUAUUUAUGUACUUUCUGUUACAGUAUGACAUAUGUACAAUACUUUUGAGAUUAAAUUAUUAGAUUUUCCCUGG